AGGGCGGCGGAGGCGGCUCUUCGCUCAGAGCUCAGCUCCUGCCUGGGGCUCCCUCUGCCAUGACCACCAAACAAGCCAGGAAGAAAGAGGUGCAUCGUAUCAACUCCGCGCACGGAUCGGAUAAAUCUAAAGAUCAGUACCCUUUCGGCAGUAAUGUACAACCGUCUGAACAGAAGAAGGGGAAAUUUCCGAUCUGGCCAGAAUGGAGCGAAGCUGACAUCAAUGCUGAGAAGUGGGAUGCGGGGAAAGGAGCGAAAGAAAAGGACAAGAUGGGGAAGAGCCCUGUACUUCAUUUUUUUGAAGAUCCUGAAGGAAAAAUUGAGUUACCAUCAUCAUUGAAAAUUUAUUCCUGGAAACGUCCACAGGAUUUUUUAAUCAAUCGGGCUCCAGUGGUUGUGAAAAAUGAAAUCCUGUUUGACUUGUUUUCAGCCAAUGAGCAUUUACUCUGCAGUGAGCUAAUGAGAUGGAUUAUCAGCGAAAUCUAUGCCGUGUGGAAGAUAUUCAAUGGGAGUGCUUUGACCAAUUAUUUUAAAGGAACAGCAGGGGAACCGCCUCUUCUGGCCUGGAAGCCCUGGGAACACAUAUACUCUCUGUGCAAGGCUGUGAAGGGUCACGUGCCCUUGUUUAACAGCUAUGGAAAGUAUGUAGUGAAGCUUUACUGGAUGGGUUGCUGGAGAAAGAUAACUAUUGAUGACUUUCUGCCUUUUGAUGAAGUAAAUAAUCUACUGCUUCCAGCUACAACCUAUGAAUUUGAACUUUGGCCAAUGCUUUUGUGUAAAGCUAUCAUUAAGCUGGCAAAUGUUGACAUCCAUGUGGCAGAGAGGAGAGAACUGGGAGAGUUCACAGUGAUUCAUGCACUCACGGGCUGGUUACCAGAAGUCAUUUCUCUCCACCCAGGAUAUACGGACAAAGUUUGGGAGCUCUUGAGAGAAAUAUUGCCCGAGUUUAAGCUGUCAGAUGAGUCCAGCUCUGAAAGCAAAAUAACUGACAUAGAGGCCAAAUUAAAAGAACAAGGAAAAGAAGUGAAGGAUGGGAAAGAAGUGAAGGAUGGGAAAGAAGUGAAAGAUGGCAAGGAAUUCAAACCUGAAAAUUCAAUAACGACACUAAAACUGCCUGAGAAAAGUGAAAGGGCUUUAAAGGACAAAGCCGAUGCAAAAGACCUUGGAAAGAAGAGGAGUAAAGAUGGAGAGAAGGAAAGAGAAAGGGAAAAAUUCAAAUGGUCAAUACAUGGUUCAAGACCCUCAUCAGAUGUACAAUAUUCUCUACAGUCUCUGUCAGAUUGUUCUUCAGCAAUGCAGUCCCCUCAGAUGGUAGUAUAUGCAACCUUUACACCUCUGUAUUUGUUUGAAAAGAAGAUAUUUUUAUUAGAGAAGAUGGCUGAUUCUGCUGAGAAGCUUAGAGAAUAUGGGCUUUCCCAUAUCUGUAGCCAUCCUGUGCUGGUCACAAGAACUCGAUCCUGCCCCCUCAUAGCGCCGCCAAAACCACCUCCGGUACCUCCCUGGAAACUCUUUCGUCAAAAAAAAGAAGCUGUUAUAACAGAUGAAGCCCAAGAAAUAGUAAUAAAGAAGCCUGACCAAUUUCUUGAGAUUUCAAGUCCAUUUUUGAAUUAUAGAAUGACUCCAUUUACAAUUCCGACAGAAACUCAUUUUGUACGAUCUUUUAUUAAGAAAGGGCUGGUUCCAGGAUCCGGUUUAUCUUCCCUUACUGAAAAUGAUGAAACUGCAGCCUUUAGCCAGAUAGACUUAAACCAACUGACAAAAAAUAUGUCUCAGGGAAAUGUUACUUUACAACCUGUACUCGGAAAAGAUGAACUAGCAGACUAUGGAGUCAAUGACACAGUCCAUCCGGCUGAGGGAAUCAGUCUGGAAAAAGAUUUGGUCAGCCAGACAACAGCAACACAGGAAAAAUCGCAGGAGGAACUUACAACAAUAAACAACAGUGUUUCUAAAGAAAUAUGGUUGGAUUUUGAAGACUUCUGUGUAUGUUUUCAGACUAUAUAUAUUUUCCACAAACCAAGUUCAUAUUGCUUUAACUUUCAAAAAUCAGAAUUCAAGUUUUCAGAUGAACGUGUGUCCUAUCACCUAUUCGUGGACAGUUUAAAGCCCAUUGAACUGCUGAUCUGCUUUUCUGCAUUGGUACGCUGGGGAGAAUCUGGAGCUUUAACAAAGAACAGCCCUCCCAUAGAGCCUGGACUACUUACAGUUGAGACGGUGUCUUGGAAAUCUCUGAGGCCACGCCAUCUUGUUGUGACAAUUCACACCUAUGCUACCAAGGCUACAGUAGUUCGCCUGCCUGUUGGGAGACACAUGCUGCUCUUCACUGCAUACUCCCCCAUGGGCCACUCCAUACACAUCUGCAGCAUGGUGACCUUCAUCAUUGGGGAUGAAGAUGUUGUGCUACCCAACUUUGAGCCGGAGAGCUACCGAUUUACAGAGCAGGCUUUAACUAUUUUGAAAGCUGUUGGACAUGUGAUUGCUAAUUUCAAAGACAAGGCAAAACUUUCUGCAGCCCUGAAGGAUCUACAAACAGCUCACUACCCUAUCCCCCUCCAGGAUAAAGAACUAACUGCACAGCACUUCAGGGUUUUUCAUAUUUCUUUAUGGCGUGUAAUGAAAAAAGCUCAAAUAGCAAAACCUCCACCCAACACCAAAUUUGCAUUCCGGGCCAUGGUUUUGUACUUGGAUUUACUCGAUUCUUCUUUGGAAGAGGCUUCUUUAGCGGAAUGGGUAGAUGUUAAGUACAGUGUACCAACAAGCGACAAAGAGUAUUCUCCAGAGGAAAUAGCAGCAGCAAUUAAAAUUCAAGCCAUGUGGAGAGGAACCUAUGUCAGAUUGCUUAUGAAAGCAAGAACACCAGAUACGAAGGAAAAUGCCAGUGUUGCAGAUACUCUUCAGAGAGUUUGGGCUGUGUUGGAACAGAAUACAGAACAGUAUGCAAUUUCUCUCUUAAGACUUAUGUUUAAAAGCAAGUGCAAAUCUAUGGAAUCUUAU